AUGUCAUCAAUCGACGCCUUACACUGCCACCAUAGAUCCAGAAUCAAAAUCCCUUUCGUUGAUCCAUUGUAUCAUAAACCUAUCUCCACUGAAGAUCCCCCGCAGAUUGAUAGAUUAAACAACGUGGUAGCGACAUCCUUCUUCCCCCUCGUAGUUCCGUGCCCUAAUUCUAGACCUCGCGAUUUGUAUCUUGUUAUCUUCGAUUACCAACUGACUAAACAGUGUCGCGGUAGAAUUCUGUAUCACUGUUGCGCUUCGUCUUCGUCGGAUGACACGUCGGCGACCGUUGGAAAGCCCAAGAAGAAGACGCAUGACCGUCUAUCCGGUGUAAUAGACGCUGUUAAUGAUCGGAAACUCCUUCCUGAACUACGUGGCCAACGCAACAAUAUUAGGUCAGAAACAGAUAUUAUCAAUGUUGUGGAGCAAAGGAUUUGGCAUUUAAUGGAGGAAUGCCAGUUCGAUAACUUACAAGGGAAGGGCAAACCAUUAAACCUGAAUAACAAUCGUCACGCUGGUGAAAGCGGUUUUAGGUUCUUUUUCUACUAUCUUCUAUGUUUGGGAACGUCCAUAGGCCGGAUAAAUUAUGAUUUGGUGUAA